AUGGCCUCACAAGCUCCGGUUGCGGGGUCCGACGCCGCCCUCCCGCUCAUUGACAUCAAACCGCUCCUCAAGAAACUCUGGCCCGUCCCGGAUGCCGGCCUCGCCGUGAGCGCCGACGAGAUCGCCGAGGCCAUCUCCCACUUCUUCACACACCAGGUCUCCGACGCCCAGGCCGCCUCCCUGCUCAUCGCCCUGCACUUCACCAACCUCGACCGCCGCGCCGAUGUCAUGGCCCGCUCCGCUCACUACAUGCGCCAGGCCGCCGCCAAGGUCGACUUUGACGACCUCAGCAAGGUAGUAGAGCAAAAGGCCCUCGCAGCGGGCGCCUACGCCGGCGGGCUGUGUGACAUCGUCGGCACGGGCGGUGACUCUCAUAACACCUUCAACAUCAGCACCACGGCCAGCAUCCUCGCCUCCUCCCUCCUGCUGGUCGCCAAGCAUGGCAACCGCGCCAGCACCUCCAAAUCCGGGUCCGCCGACCUCGUCAACAACAUGCAGCCCCGCCCGCCCGUCCUCAUGGCCGUGUCCCCCACCACAAUCUCAAAGGUCUACUCGGCAACGAACUACGGCUUCCUCUUCGCCCCCGUGUUCCACCCGGGUAUGCGCUACGUGGCGCCCAUCCGCAAAGAGCUCCCCUGGAGGACAAUCUUCAACCUCCUCGGGCCCUUGGCGAACCCUGUCGAGGAUAUCCUCGAGGCACGCGUCAUCGGCGUUGCGAGGAAGGAACUCGGCCCCGUUUUCCUUGAGGCCCUCAAGAUCAGCGGUUCGAAAAAAGCCAUGAUCAUCUGCGGGGAGGAGGAGCUGGAUGAAGUCAGCUGCGCCGGACCGACACUGGUGUGGAAGCUCAGCGAAGGGGCCAGCGGGGAGGUGGUGGCGGAUCACUUCAAGGUGCAGCCGAGCGACUUUGGCCUCGGGACGCAUCCCCUGAACACCGUAUCACCUGGUAAAGAGCCGGCCGAGAACGCUGAGAUCCUGAGAAGGAUACUCCAGGGCGAGAUGGCCGACAAUGACCCGAUCCUUGAGUUCGUUUUGAUGAACGCGGCGACGCUGUUUGUGACGUCGGGCAUCUGCGAAGCCGAGACGAGCGAUAUGGGUCCUGGUGAUGACGGCCAGGUCAUUACCGAAAGGGGACCUGGUGGAGGACGCUGGAAGGAGGGUGUGCGGAGGGCGCGUUGGGCUGUCAAGAGCGGUGAGGCCUGGAAACAGUGGAAUGCAUUCGUCGACGUUACGAAUAGCUUCAAUCAAUAA